AUGAGGUGGGCGGAAACCAAGGAAAAGCUCCGCCAGCAUGGUCGCGACGACGAGUCUCAGCCAUCGGCCGGCGACCAUGACCUCGAGGUCAGCGUCUCGAUGGACGAGGACACCGAUGCGCGGCCGCCGACCAAAAAAGAAACAAAGAGGCUGCUGCGGAAAAUCGACCGCAACCUCAUUCCGCUCAUCUGCGUCUUGUACCUGAUUUCGGUCCUCGACCGCGCCAACUUGGGCCAUGCCAGGAGGAUGGGGCUCGGCGACGACUUGCAUUUGGUGGGCAAGCACGACUUUAACAUUGCAAAAUCAAUCUUCUUUCCAUUUUUCCUCAUUGUCCAGAUCCCGUCCAACCUCCUCCUGCAGCGAGUUCGUCCGUCUCUCUGGAUUCCGUCGCUCAUGAUCGGCUGGUCGGCCGUAACCAUUUUCCUCGGCCUCGUCAAGAACCUUGCCGGCCUGCUGGCCCUACGGUGCUUACUGGGCAUUGUCGAAGGCGGCGUCUUUCCGGGCUUCGUCCUUUAUCUGACGAAAUGGUAUCAACGCGACGAGUACGGAUACAGAAUAUCCCUCUUUUACUCGCCUGCCAUCCUGAGCGGCUCGCUCAACGGCUUCCUCGGCAAAGCCAUCACUGGCAUAGGCGACAUGUACAGCUGGCCCUGGGUAUUUUUCAUCGAGGGGAUUGUAUCACUCGUCGUCUCCGGGUUUGCCUUUCUGCUGAUGCACGACUGGCCGUGCACCGCCAAGUUCCUCAAGCCGGCGGAGAAACAAGUCGUCCUGCGCCGGCUGCACGAUGACGCCAGCCAUCUCUCGGACCGCAUCGAUGCCAAGUUUGUGAAGCAGGCGCUCCUGGACUGGAAGAUUUGGGUACACAUGGCCAUGACGGUGGGCGUCACGGUUCCCCUUUACUCCAUGGACGAGUUUUUGCCCGUCAUCAUCGAGGACCUCGGGUAUCACGGCAACCGCGAGCUCUUGAUGGCCCUGCCGCAGCAGCUUGCUGCCGCUCUGGCAACCAUUGGCGUGGGCAUCGCGGCCGACCGGUGCCGGCAACGGGGCGUUUUUACCAUAGGACUCUGCGUGACGGCAAUGACUGGAUUCGUCAUGCUCGGCGUCUCGGAGAACCACGUCGUCAAGUACCUGGCGUGCUUUCUCGUCGCCAUGGGUAUCCAUCCCAUCGUCCCGCAAGACGUCGGGUGGAACGCCAACAACAUUGGCGGCUCGACCAAGCGCGCCGUCGGCAUUGCCAUGCACUUUGGCUUUGGCAAUCUGGGCGGCGCCGUCGCCGCCUUUGUCAUUCGCGAAGACAAUGCGCGCCGGUUCAUCUCGGGUCACGGCAUCCUGUUUCUCACGACGGCUGUCAGCUGCAUGCUGGCCACCUUUAUGACGUGGUACCUGCGGAGGGAGAAUGCGCGGCGAGACCGCGUGUACAAGCGCCGGGAGCUAUACACUACCGAAGAGAUGCUGGCCGAGUCGGACCUGGGCGACGAAGCCACCUUUUUUAGGUACUACUUUUGA